CCUACGACUUUUACACUUGUUAUCCACACUCUUUCUCUUUCUCAUUUUUUCCUUUGUUUCAUUUGUUUACAACCUUAACAUGGGUCUUUGCUUCACCUCACUCUCUCACCAAUCACCACCCUCUUCCCUCAAUAUUCAUAACAAUUCAGGGUUAGGGAGUAAUAAUGAUGAUAGUACAAAGGAAGAGUCAUCAUCAUCAUCAUCAUGUAAUAAGAGUAAAGUUUGGGAGAUUGGAAAUAGUGAAAGUGAUAGUAAAGGAUAUGAAAGCAUAGAGAUAAGUGGGAAGUUUCUAGAAAUGCCAAAUUUAAAGGUGUUUAGUUAUGGAGAUUUGAAGGCUGCCACAAAGAGUUUCAAAUCAGAUGCAUUACUUGGUGAAGGAGGUUUUGGUAAAGUGUAUAAAGGUUGGUUAAAUGCUGUGACACUGGCACCUGCAAAAGCUGGUUCUGGAAUGAUAGUGGCUAUCAAGAAAUUGAAACGUGAUAGUGUUCAAGGUCUUCAAGAAUGGCAGUCAGAAAUCAAUUUUUUAGGAAGGAUUUCUCACCCCAACUUGGUGAAGCUACUAGGUUACUGUAGGGACAACGAUGAAUUUCUCCUUGUGUACGAGUUCAUGCCAAGGGGAAGCUUGGAGAAUCAUCUCUUUAGAAGAAAUACUAACAUAGAGCCACUUUCUUGGAACACUCGACUCAAAAUAGCGACUGAUGCAGCUCGAGGCUUAGCUUUCUUGCACUCCUCGGAUAAGCAAGUCAUAUAUAGAGAUUUCAAGGCUUCCAAUAUACUUCUUGAUGGGAAUUACAAUGCAAAAAUUUCAGAUUUUGGGUUGGCUAAAUUUGGGCCAUCUGGUGGAGAUUCACAUGUGACUACUAGGAUCAUGGGCACAUAUGGUUAUGCUGCUCCGGAAUACAUGGCAACAGGUCAUUUGUAUGUGAAGAGUGAUGUUUAUGGAUUUGGUGUAGUGCUGCUUGAAAUGUUGACAGGAUUGCAAGCAUUUGAUUCAAAUAGGCCUGAAGGGCAGCAAAACCUAAUUGAAUGGAUAAAGCCAUCUCUCUCUGAUAAAAGAAAGUUGAAAAGUAACAACAUUGUUGAUUACAGGUUAGAGGGUCAAUAUACAUCAAAGGCAGCAUUUGAAACAGCACACCUUAUUCUUAAAUGCCUUCAACCUGACCCUAAAAAACGUCCUUCAAUGAAGGAUGUUUUAGGGAUAUUGGAAGCCAUAAAAGCUAUCAAGGUUAAAAGGAAGAUAUCUAAGAAUCGUUGUACUAAGUCUGCAACUAUGGACAGUUUAUAAAUUGAGGGUGAAGAUUUUAUAAGUCACUUUCUGGUCAUUUCUAUGUUUUAGUUUAUUUUGUUAGUUAAUUGGAGGAGAAUUUUUUUUUGUUUUCUUCAUUGUUUGAGUUAGUCACAUUUUUUUAAAGUGGAAAACUAUUUUCUGUUGUAACUUGUAAGUAAUGUUAAUUCCUUUCUGGAAAAAAAAAAAUGUUACUUCCUGAAAGACCAAUGUAUUUUCUUAUAGCUUGUAGGUGACUUUAUUUGACCAUAAACUUUUGAGUUGUUGUGUGGGUCCUCAAUGGAUAUUAGAGUGUUGGUGUUGUAUGUAUAUAAACUAUUACCUUGAUUCUCAAGUAAUGUGAGAUUUUGGAAUGUAUCGAAAUAUCGAAAAA